AGGGAUCCAGGCCCCCUAGCCCCCUCUUCCUCCUCCUCCUCCUCCUCCUCGGGGGUCUCCGGCAGCGGCGCAGGCAGCCCGCGAGCCAAGGAGGCGGCGCGGUGGCGCGGACCUCGCCGGGCGUGCCGGCCCCGGAGCCUCCCGGCGCCCGCAUGUCCUACAAGCCCCCCGGGCCAGCGCAUUCUCCUUCCAGCAGCAUGGCGGGCUCGGGGCAGUACCGACACCUGAUUAACGACUACGGACCCCCUUCUCUAGGAUACACACAAGGAGGGCAGCAGGCCACCAGCAGCAACCAAGUCCCUCAGAGUAAAUACGCAGAACUCCUGACCAUCAUCGAAGAAUUAGGAAAAGAAAUCAGACCCACCUACGCCGGCAGCAAAAGUGCCAUGGAAAGGCUAAAACGAGGUAUCAUCCACGCCAGAGGACUUGUCCGAGAAUGUUUAGCAGAGACGGAAAGAAAUGCAAGAUCUUAAGAUCCCCUUCAAUCCCCUUCCUCUGGAAAAAUGCAGACCAACCCUUCGAACUGGCAAUUUUCUGCACGUCUUCUUCCUCGUUUGGCAUAGUUCCCUUUCCAAGAACCGUGGCCGAGAAUUUCGGUGUCCCAUUGAAUUCCUGCUCCCAUCCAGACGUUGUUUUUUUUGUAUCAUCUCACAAGCUUAAUUUUGACUCUUACAUUUCUGCACAAGUUGCCAUCCUGGAUUGAUCCAUCCGAAACAAAAAA